AUUCCGGCGGAAGGCGGAGGGGAGGAGGGUCCGCCGGAGUCCGGUCCUCGGGUCCUCGUCCCGGUGGGUCGCACGUGUCCCGCCUCGAUGCUGCCGGCGCUGCUGCGGUCCUUGCCCCGGGCCCUGGGCCCGUCCGGCCCGGCCCGGCCGCUCCUUCCCGCCGCUCGGGCCCUGCCCCGCACGCUCUGCUCCUUCGGCCCCUCGGGCCGGCCGACGCGGCCCGGCCUCCUGCGGCCCCUCCGGCCGCCCUGCUCCUGCUCCUGCUCCUGCGGCGCCCUGCACACCGAAGGGGACAAGGCCUUUGCGCAGUUCCUGACGGAUGAGAUCAAAGAGGAGAAGAAGAUCCAGAAGCACAAGUCCCUCCCCAAGGUGUCGGGGGACUGGGAGCUGGACGUGCACGGGACCCAGGCCAAGCUGGUGCGGAAGGUGGCCGGCGAGAGGAUCACAGUCACGUUCAACAUCAACAACAGCAUCCCCCCGUCCCUGGAUGAGGAGGAGCCCCGGGACGGGCAGAACGCCGGGGAGCCCGAGCCCGAGCUCACGUCGACGCCCAACUUCGUGGUGGAGGUCGUGAAGGAUGACGCCAAGAGGGCCCUGGUGCUGGACUGCCACUAUCCCGAGGACGAGGUGGCCCGUGGCGGGGAGGGCGAGGAGGAGGAGAGCGACAUGUUCACCAUCAGGGAGGUGAGCUUCCAGGAGAGCGACGCCGCCGAGUGGAAGGACACCAGCUACACCCUCAAUACCGACUCCCUGGACUGGGCCCUGUACGACCACCUCAUGGACUUCCUGGCGGACCGGGGGGUGGACAACGCGUUCGCGGACGACCUGGUGGAGCUGAGCACGGCCCUGGAGCACCAGGAGUACAUCGGCUUCCUGGAGGACCUCAAGGGCUUCGUGAAGUGCCAGUAGGGCCGGGCCUCCCCCGGCUCCGGCUCACCCCCACCCGGUAGGCCCGCCUACCUUACUCCGGGGCCCGGGCGGGGGAAGCGGCGGGCGCUAUUAAAAGCGGUGCGCAGUGCUCUCUC